AUGCUGUUCUUCUCCGCUCUGUUCACACCGGGUCCACAGCGCAGGAUAAACGCCGUGGUGUCGGUAAAGUGGAGAGCGGACAAUCCCAGAGCUGUGACAGCGCAGAAUGGUUUGUGUGCACGGAUUCCGUGUCGCUACAGAUACCCGUCGUAUCUGAACAAUAAACCACGGACUGGAAUCUGGUUUAACAGUGAGUCGCGCGACAACAAAGGUCCUGUAGCCUUCCACUCCAGGGAUCACAGUCUAGAAUCAACAACGUUUCAGCAUCGGACCCGGCUGUCAGGAAUCCUGAAAGACAACGACUGUUCCCUGGUUAUAGACAACGUCAAGCAGCAAGAUGCAGGUCCUUAUUUUUUCAGAGUUGAAUUCGAUGGGAGGAAAGUUUACAGCUUCCACCCUGUAACACAGCUCAGUGUUACUGAUUUCACGGAUAAACCCACGAUAUUCGCUGCUGAAUUGGUGGCAGGAAAGCCUGUGAACAUGACCUGCUCCUUCAGCACCACGUGUGAUGGAACGGCCCCCACCUUAACCUGGGUCACCCCCGCUGAUGAACCACCGUCAGCCUCACACAGCGUAACUCAGC